AAAACGAAUAAAACCGGAGCUGCCGCCUCCUCGUCUCCUUCGGGUCGCUCCCCAAAUCCCCAAAACGAGGGAAAAGCACCCAAAAAUGAGGGAAAAGCACCCAAAAAUGAGGGAAAAGCACCCAAAAACGAGGGAAAACCGUUUUUUGGAUCCAUUUUCCACCGAUUUCGGCCCUUUUUUUGGGUUCAUUUUCCACAGAUUUUGGCCUUUUUCUGGGUCCAUUUUCCAUCAAUUUCACGCCUUUUUUGGGUUCAUUUUCCACAGAUUUCGGCCUCUUUGGGGUCCAUUUUCCCCAUCUUUCGGGCCUUUUUUUGGGUCCAUUUUCCACAGAUUUCACACCUUUUUUUGGGUCCAUUUUCCAUCAAUUUCGCGCCUUUUUUUGGGUUCAUUUUCCACAGAUUCCGGGUUUGGGUCCAUUUUCCACCGAUUUCGGGCCUUUUUUUGGGUUCAUUUCCCACAGAUUUCGGCCUCUUUUGGGUUCAUUUUCCACAGAUUUCGGCCUCUUUGGGGUUCAUUUUCCACACAUUUCGGGCCUUUUUUUGGGUCCAUUUUCCACCGAUUUCGGGCCUUUUUUUGGGUCUAUUUUCCACAGAUCUCGGCCUCUUUUGCGUUCAUUUUCACCGAUUUCGGCCUUCUUUUGGGUUCAUUUUCCACCGAUUUCACGCCUUUUUUUGAGUUCAUUUUCCACAGAUUUUUGGCCUCUUUUGGGUUCAUUUUCCACAGAUUUUGGCCUUUUUCUGGGUCCAUUUUCCAUCAAUUUCACGCCUUUUUUUGGGUUCAUUUUCCACAGAUUUCGGGUUUGGGUCCAUUUUCCACCGAUUUCGGGCCUUUUUUUGGGUUCAUUUUCCACAGAUUUCGGCCUCUUUUGGGUUCAUUUUCCACAGAUUUCGGCCUCUUUUGGGUCCUUUUGGGUCCAUUUUCCACACAUUUCGGGCCUUUUUUUGGGUCCAUUUUCCACCGAUUUCACACCUUUUUUGGGGUCCAUUUUCCACAGAUUUUGGCCUCUUUUUGGGUUCAUUUUCCACCAAUUUCACACUUUUUACUCCCCCCACAACCCGUAGAGUCUAAUUAGUAAUUAAGCCAAGCUUAACGAGGUUUAAAGCUCAUUUACCAUGAAAAGCCUUGUUUUGGGCUGUAAUUUAAGGCAGAAUCACACAAAAAAACCAACACCAAACCUCAGGGUUUUACAACUUUAAUCUUUAUUAUUAUUUCUCAACAUCUCAUAAAACUAAAUCUCCCUUUAAUUCUUAUUUUAGCCAAAAAUAAGUUGAAGUCGCUCUGUAACGCCAACAGCAACAAAUAACGUAAAAUACAGUAAAAUACAAUAAAAUUACAGCGAUAAAUCCA